CCCUCGACGCACCGGCGAGAACGGUCCUGCGCGCUACGCGCCUCACCCACCGGCUCCCAGCGCUGUUAUGUGUUGUGUGGAUCGAGCAGGGCGCGACUCCCAAGUCAUCGGAAAAGCUGAUGUGAGAGAGCAGAGAGAACAGCUCCUCCUCGGAAACAGGCUGGAUUGCUGCCGCGGCUCUCUGCUGCCGAGAGCCGACGACCGACGUCUGCACCUAGGAUGGCCUGCGAGCUAUGCAGACCGAGAGACGCCGCUGACAAACAGGUUGCCUACUCGCCCGACGGCAAGAGGCCGCCCUCGCUCCACAAUUAACUGCAGUCAGAGUGGAUGGCGGCGUCGUGUCGGCUAAUCGCGCGAGGAGCGCAGGAGGCGGAGAUUUUGCCUCCGCACUGCUGGCUACCGCCUCUCAGGAAAAAACCCAUCCGCCAGGAAGUGGGCACCAAGCUGCGCCGUCUCUGGCUCAGGGUAGUCCUCCUCGCGCCCUACUUCAUGCUGCUCGUCAGCUUAGUCCAGAUUUCGGUCCCAUUGGCGUGUAGUAUAGAUGCUCAGGUGGAGAGUUGGCUGCACGAGGCGUUGGUGUACGACCCUCGGCGGCGGAAAGAGGUCUGGCGCUUCCUGAGCUACAUGCUGUUGCACCAGGGCGCGGCCCACGCGGCCCUCAACAUUGUGAUUCAAUUAGUGCUGGCCGUCCCCCUUGAGUGGGAGCAGAAGUGGUCGCGGACUGCCCUCGUCUACUUCGGCGGAGGAUUAGCUGGUUCUUUGAGCACGUCGGUGCUGGCGCCCGAUUUGUUUCUGGUGGGUGCCUCGGCCGGAGUCUACGCCCUUUUGACCUCGCAGAUGGCCAACAUCAUCCUCAGCUUCCCGACGCUUAAGUACCGGCUGGCUCGGGCGUUCGCCGUCUGCGUGCUGUGUUUGGCCGACGUGGCCUUUUCGCUGUACCACCACUUCCUGCUGGGCAACACGAGUCCCCGCGUGGGCUGGGCCGCGCACACCGGCGGGGCCGUCGUGGGCCUGCUGGUGGGCCUGCUCGUCUUCACCGAACCGGAGACGCCGCUUGGACAGUCGGCUACGCUUCCCUUGAACGCCGCGCCCAAGGCGGCCGAACGCAAGACCCUGACGGCGGCCAUCAGGUGCGCUGCGGCCGUCCUGCUCGCUGGCCUCCUCACCGCAGCGGCCGCCGCAAACAUGUGGAGGCCGAACUGAAGACUGCCUUUGCUGCCGAACUGAAAUGUGAUUUUUCAUGCGUGGUCAUUUGAAGCCGAGAAAGGAAAGCGAGGAACACGAUGACUUUUUUUAUUUUUUAGAAAACUGAGAGAAUGGUAUAUUUAUUUACAUGCUGCUUUAGAAACGGUUCUGUUUGCCAGAAAUGUGAAAUGAUGAUUUAAGUCAAAUCUUACUUGCGUUAAAAAUUUUAAAUUAUUAACUGGUUGACGGCUUUUUCCUGGCCGAUAUUAUGUUUUAAAAUUAUCCUCCAGUGAUUUUUAAGUUUCAUAUUAUCUGGUCUUUUUAGUCUUUUUAAAAAUAUUAAAUAUAAGAAAUUAAUCAAAGUUUCCACUUGAUGAGACUUAAAACAUUGCGUGCACCUUUUGGCGGCCCCAUCAAUCAAAUACGUAGAAAUGCGGCAUUUUUACUCACUAUCUCUACAAGGAAUGCAUUUUGUAACAGGGACAAUCUCUACAUUACCAAGAAUAUUUAUGUUUUGUCGUAAUGAGCCUAGUGGCAGAUUUAUCUAUCUAUCGUUGUUUCGUCGGCAUUUUUAUUCUAAGAGUGAGCAAAUGAACUAAGAGAGUACAAAUAACACGCCUUGUGUAACGUUUGACUCUUAACAACAGGGCAGCGUCAUCUUUGCGUUGUAAGUCCCUUUCAAGAAGUAAAAAACAACUUCGCACGAUUACAAGCUUCUCUGCACAUCGUUCACGAUUCGUAUAUAUACAUAGAAAUUCUCGGCCAAUAGGAGAGGCCAAGGUUCAUGCCUCCUAUUCAAUAUAUUUGUCAAUAAGUUGAGAGCUUUAAUCUUUAUAGAUUUUGUUAGCACGCACGCUCAAAAAAGCACUCACAAUCAAAAUUUAUUGCUUUUGCACGCGGCCAGUGACAAAAUAACACAUAAUCGUAAAUUCAAACGAUAGAGAAAAUUUCUGUUAGCGAUAAAAAAAUUCUUUGGAGUGUUUAUGUUUCGUCGAGCCGCAUUAAUUUGCACUGCACCUAUCCUAUAGGAAUGCCUGUUAAUCAAUCACUAAUCUCCACUUCCAGUAAUAAAACGCUUAUUCCUUCACACCUAAAAUAACUAAUAGUGUUCUAACGUGAUGUUCUAACAAGGGACUCAUUAAGUGUAUGAUAUUGUGAUUUACAAAAACUUGUACUUUUUAACAAAAAUGAUGCACAUACAAACCCUGCAACAGUACAAGCAGCCGUCGUCGGCCAAAUCCAUCUAAAUUAUCACAAUAUGAACAGUUUAAAUUAUAAGAUACACCCGAUAAUCACAGCAGAAAGAUAAAUUGUAAGUGGUGCAUGCAGCAAUUAUUAGACUUGGAAAGGAAAAAUGAAUGUCGAAAUGUUCGGACUUAACUAAAAUUAGUAUGUAAAUGUUAUAUCAUUCAAUGUUUACAAGAAGUCUGACUGCAUCAAUUACCGAUAGUGUUUUAACAUUCAUGGAGGGGUAAAAUGUCAAAUUAAAAAUGAUCCCAUUGAUCAGGGUAGCCAGGUGCCUGAAUUUUGACACAUCCACAAUGAAAUCCUCAGCCUGGCAGCCUAACUUCCAUUUUCACCUUUAUAAAUGCCUUUCCAUCACCGUAUUUUUGUAAGACCUAAUUUUUUUACUUUCAAAAAUAUAUGUGCAGCAUUUCAAUAAAUUUAUAAUUUAAUUGUUUGUGAUUUUAUCUUGAGUGUAUGUAAAAAGUGAUUUAAAUUUUUUAUUUUUAUCUCAAGAACUGUUGAACCCCAAGAAUAAAAACAGAUUGCAAAGAUUUCC